ACCACGUUGGUCUUCUUCGGGGAGUUUGGUUGUGUGGAAGCCAGGGAGCGAAUUUUCAAUUGAAUCAAUUAUUUCAUUGCAACAAUGCAAACGUUUUGCUUAUACUUGACACCAACUCACCUCUCAGUGAUAUUCUAGAUCACAUAUUUGUAGUGUAAAAAAUACAAGACUUCAAUUCCCAGAGGACAUAGUUGGUCCAUGCAUUGUUUCCAUAGUUACCACAACGUAACCAAAACAUGACCGUUUUUGUAGGCGAACAGCAGACGGGGUAAAUAAAGAACCUGUGAAAAUGGAUGGUUGUGUGGUCCGUCUCCAUGCUGUAAGAUUCAAACCUGAAUUGCAUGCCAGAGGUGACUUCACUGCUCAACCCAUCAAAGUUCACUUCCACGACCUCCUGGGAAUCAGAGAUGCCCCUGAGCUUGUUACCCAGUAAAGAUGCCCCAUUAGGUCAUAUCAUCUUCAGCUGUGUUUGUCCCGCCUCUGGCCUUUUCGUGUCCCAGAACUCUCUUUCUCAACUGAUAACGCUUUUAAAUGUUGAUAAUAUGGAUAUCCUAUGUUCAGUGGUUGCUCUGUUUGACGUAUGUCUUCCUGACAUUGGCCUUCGACACAUCCAUGAAACAGUGUACAGCUAUGGAACGCACACAAUUAUCCUGCUCAGGCAACAAUCAGAGGUGUUAGAAAAGUAUAGAAGCAGAACACCGGCCAGUUCUCGAGUGGGAUCCUUGAGCUCCCCUAUCCCUGCAGUGGUAAAUGAGAAUAGAGAAUCAGAGGGGCAGCACCUCAAAGUGUUCAGCGAUUCAGAAGAGAGCUCAGAGGACAGCUCUGAUGAACAUAAAGAAGGCGAGGCGGGCACAGAGCCCAGUGGUCGGUCUGCAUGGCAGACCUUCAGUACAGGGAUGAAAGACUUUGUGGCCAGGGCGCAGGAGCGGAGAGCACAGAGAGGGGCUCUGGGAGACCAGCGGCAGAUCCCUCCGACGGCGGUGGGGGCCGAGUCACUCGUCGUAGGGGCCGCAGUGUUUCAGUUAAACACACUGUCAACAGGAGAGACAGUGCUACAGUUAUCUCUGAUGGCUACCAGGAAGUGCUAUCGGAGCAGUGGAGUGGGUCGCUACAUAAUAGAGCUGCUGAAAAGCCAGUCGGUUUGCGGGCCCUAUGAUGCCCUCGUCGCUCACGCUGACACGGACGCCGUGGACUUCUUCUCUCGCUGCGGCCUCACUGACGACAUCCUGCUGAAUGACAAGUUCAGAGAAGUGAGAGAUGAAUGGACCAACACCACGCUCAUGAGUUACCUGCCUCCCUUCACCACUGAGUCAGCGAGCAGGAACCCGGGGUUCUCCUUGAUGCUGCCGGAGCUGGAGCUGGAGGUGAAGAAGGCGAGGAGCAGAGCUCUGUCGGCCUACCAGCAGCAGGUCGUGUGUGUGACAAGGCUGGUCAGAGAGGUCAAGACCCUCAGAGAACAGCUGGCGUUACAAAGGGGAGAAGUGGACAAGCUGAACAAUGAGUUGGAUAUAGAGAGAGAGCGACGGCAAAGAGCAGAACAGAAGUUGUUGGAGUAUAAACUAUGGGAGACUCGACAGCUCCUGGAGAGGCAGGAUACUUCUGACUCAGAUGACCCUGACCAGAAUGACCCAGAAUCUUCUAGAGAAGCUCUUAUCUCACCUCCCAAUUUCUUGGACCUGUAUGCAGAUGGCGAUGCAGUGUGACAAUAGUGUCAAGCUCAAGACAAUUCAGGAGAAAAUACCACUUUUAUAGGUAUUUCAAGAGAAGUCCUUAUUGUCAUUGUUUUUUGUACUGUGUGUGGGUGUGUGUGAAAACAUUGUUCUGCACAAGUG